AUGAAGGCUCGGGCUCCCCCUCCUCCUGGAAAACCCUCUACUUUGAAUAUUCAUAGUGAACGGAAAUCAAGCAGAGAUUUGGGCGUCAGCCCCCAACAGAACCUAAUCAACAUGAAAGAAAAUCUGAGGAAUAGUUUGGUGAAUAUCACUGUUGUUCUUCCCAGUGGGAUGGAGAAAAAGAGUGUGGUCAAUGGAAGCCAUGCAAUGAUAGACCUAUUGGUUGAACUUUGCCUUCAGAACCACCUGAAUCCAUCCCACCAUGCUCUUGAGAUCCGGUCUUUGGAAACCCAACAACCUUUGAGUUUUAAGCCAAAUACUUUGGUUGGGACCCUAAAUGUGCAUACCGUGUUUCUGAAAGAAAAAGUUCCUGAGGAGAAGGCUAAACCUGGGCCAUCUAAGGUUCCUGAGAAAUCUGUACGUUUGGUAGUGAAUUACCUACGAACACAAAAAGCUGUUGUGCGUGUGAGCCCUGAGGUACCUCUCCAGAAUAUUCUCCCAGUCAUUUGUGCAAAAUGUGAAGUCAGCCCAGAGCAUAUCAUUCUCCUCCGGGAUAACAUUGAUGGGGAGGAGCUGGAGCUUUCCAAGUCCCUGAAUGAGUUGGGGAUAAAGGAACUCUAUGCAUGGGACAAUAAAAGAGAAACCUUUAGAAAGUCAUCACUUGGCGAUGAUGAAACAGAUAAGGAAAAGAAAAAAUUCCUGGGAUUUUUCAAAGUUAAUAAAAGAAGCAAUAGUAAGGGCUGUCUGACAACGCCAAACUCCCCAUCUGUGAAUUCACGUUCCAUUAUGCUGGGUCCAUCCCUCUCGCUCAGCAACAUCUCAGGGGUGUCUGUGAAGUCAGAGAUGAAGAAGCGUCGAGCUCCUCCUCCUCCCUCCUUGCCAAGUACAGGGACACCUGUGCAAGACAGGGCAUUGGAAAAGAUUUCUCUGGGGUCGCAGAUUGAUUUACAGAAAAAGAAGAGGCGAGCACCAGCUCCCCCUCCACCACAGCCACCACCACCAAGCCCCCUGGUACCUAAUCGCAUGGAGGACCGGGAAGAAAACAGGAAGAGCACCAUGGGUGUUGGACGGCAGGUGCCACAAAAGCCUCCCCGAGGCACGGGGCGGGGCCCACCCCAGUUAGUGCUCCCCCCGCCCCCACCCUACCCUCCUCCUGACUCGGAUGUAGCAGAGCCUCUUGGUUUUCCCGGGGAAGGUGCUGGUCCUGAGACCUCAGACCCAAGACCCAAACUGAGUCUGCCCUUGGGGCCCAGUAACAAUUGUAUGGUGGAUUGUGGCCCCUUGGCACUCUCUGAGGCUGAGGAGACUGUGUCUGUGGGCAGCUGCUUUGCAUCAGAAGACACGACUGAAGACUCUGGAGUGAUGAGCUCCCCUUCAGACAUCAUUUCCCUGGAUUCACAGCAUGACAGCAUGAAGUCGAAAGAUAAGUGGGCCACAGACCAGGAAGACUGCAGCGACCAAGAUCUAACUGGAACCCCAGAACUGGGUCCCCAAAGGAGCCCCUCGUGGGAGAGGAACAGCGAGGAGCAUUCACAUCAAAGAAAUGAAAAAGCUGCUACAGCCUCAAAUGAUGAUGAAGACCUAUUCAUUACUGGACAGUUCCAGAAAACUCUUGCAGAACUGGACGAAGAUCUAGAAGAAAUAGAAGACAGUUACGAAACAGAUACCAGCUCUCUAACCAACUCUUUAAAUGGUAUCUCCAGCCAUUUGACACAAGAUGCCAUAAUCACUAACAGUGAUGCAGAUGCAAUCCCAGUGACAUUCAUAGGGGAAGUUUUAGAUGAUCCCAUUGAUCAGGGACUAUUUUCCAAUAGAAACAAUAAUGCAGGUUCUUUUGACAAGGGAAGCAUUGCCAGCAGAAAAGCCUACCUGCUGUCAUUCCAGGCUGAGGACAGCCAGCCCCUUGAAAAGAAGAGGGAGGAAGUGCCUGAAUCUUAUGCUCCUUCCCAUGACCCUGAAAAAGAAACUAAAUUGGCCUUAUCCAACGCUUGUAAAGGUGUGAGGUCAAUUGAAAUUGGAACCGAGGUGACCACUUCUGCCUUGAAGUUGCACACAGAUGACCUAAAUGCACAGGGAAAAAGCCAGGCACAUGGUUGGCCCUGCAGUGAAAAGUCUCAAGCUGCCCAGGGAGGGAACUCACAGCCAAUGGGUAAAAAGGAAGGCAAUGAUAAAAAUGAAGUUCUGGCACCACCAUCAUGGUAUCAACGAGGCCAAAACCUAGGGGGCAGUUAUGGACUUAAAUAUGGCCUCACAACCUAUAAAAUUGUUCCCCCAAAAUCAGAGAUGAGGUGUUAUGACCGAGGAGUAUCCCUCUCAACAGGUGCCAUUAAGAUUGAUGAGCUAGGGAAUCUGGUGAGUCCCCAUGUGAAUGGGAGCAGGACCAUAUCCCUGUCAUCGUCCAUUCAACCUGUAGUAAAAAUAAAAGAAUUCUGGAGGUCCAACUCCAUGGAAAAACAUUGUGUUUUGCCCACAGAGUGCUCAGUAAAAAGGACCAGCACCACCCUGCCAGCAAACCCCCAGAACCUAGAAAGCAGACUCAGAACAGAGCCUACUUCCCCAGUCCCCACACUGGUAUCACACCAGCAGCAGCCUGCUCCCCAAGAAAAUGGGAGGCAUACAGAGAAAGGGAAAAACCACUCACUCACAGCCAUCACUGGUCAGGCAAAGGGGUCAGCUACCACCACAGAAGUCUCUUUUCUCAAGCCCCAGAGAAGAACAUCUAGCCAGUAUGUGGCCUCAGCUAUCACCAAACGGAUUGGACCCCAAAAAAUCAAUGCUGACUUAAUGACAAAGCACAUUGAUACUAACAGGAAUUAUGAAGGCAGAGCACCAAAGCCAGAUGGAGCACAUCUUGCUACAAAAGGUGAUACAAUGCCUAGCCUGUAUUCAGAGACAAUAGUAAAUAAAGACGAUGCAAAAAGGUCUUGCUUCAAUCUCCCCAACAGUAACAGGGAGGAAUCAGCAGUGGGCGCCCAUCCAAGAGCAGAGAUCAAUAACCCCGAUGGAAAGUUAUCUACUCGAGACUGUCCUGCUGGUGUCCCAAAAAGCUCUCAUGUCCCACUAAUCAAAUCUUCCCAGAGGGAUCAUGUUUCUGUGGGACAGAGCUGUGGCUUCACUGGAAAGCAAAGUACAAGGAACCAGAAGACCAGCUCAGCAUCUGAACCACAGUGUGUACUGGACAGCAGAGAUGCCCCCCUUUCCCACUCAGCAGAUGAGCAGGCCUCCCCUAGGGCUUUGUUGAAUGGCUCAAAGUGGCCCCCAGUCAACAGCAAACAUUCUCACACUCUGAAACUGUCCACCAUGAAUAGCCACAUGAUUUUAGAAAUAGAACCCAAAUCCAAUACAUUAUCUGCAGAUGCACAGGAAGCAGAGGGUUCUUUGACACCCAGCAUUUUUGGGCCAAAGAAAAAAUUCAAACCUGUCAUCCAGAGGCCUGCGCCAAAGGACACAUCCCUCCACAGCGCUCUGAUGGAAGCCAUCCACUCAGCAGGAGGGAAGGAAAAGCUUCGGAAGACUGCAGAGCAUACCUCAGAGAGAAGGCCAAAGAAGCUGUCCUACACAAAGGCAGAGAGUGAACGAUCAGCACUGCUGGCAGCCAUCCGUGGGCACAGUGGAGCCUGCAGCCUAAAGAAGCCACCUCCCCUGCUUCCUGCUGCCUCAGCUCCCCCUGUGCCCAUAAUGGCCUCCAAGGUCAGCACAGGCACUCUCAACAACCCUGUGGAUGUCAGGCAAGCCCUGAUGGAUGCCAUCCGCUCUGGCACAGGGGCUGCAAGAUUGAAAAAGGUACCCUUGCUUGUAUGA